AUGUUUUGUAUUUAGCAACGUCAUUGUAAUCAGACGCCACACGAAGACGUUCCUGCAGAAGCCGAUUGUUGCUUGGUCUAACAUUUAGAUUUUUAAAAAUGGUGAAAGUAACAUUUAAUUCGUCCUUUGGACAAAGGGAUUUGAAGAAGGCAUGCAAUGCCGAAGCGCUUAUUCCGGAGGAGAGGGACCUGGAGGAUGGCAUGCGGGUGCGUCGGCAGUCCAAAGUGUGGUGCUGGUGCAUGUGCCUGGGCCUGGCUCUCAUGCUGUCUGGUGUGGUGGUGGGAGGGGCCUACCUCUACAAGUCCUACAUACUGCAGGAGGACCCGGUGUAUUUCUGCGGGGUGGACUACCGUGAGCGGGACUACAUGGUUCAGGACGAGGACGAGGCGGCCCUGCCCUCUGCUCUGAGACACAUCCAGGAGAGCAUCCGUGUGCUAGAGGAGGUGGAGCUAAUCAACGUGCCCGUGCCAGAGUUCUCAGACAGCGACCCGGCCGACAUCGUCCAUGACUUCAAAAGCAGGCUGACAGCCUACCUGGACCUGAGCCUGAACAAGUGCUACGUCAUCCCCCUCAACACCUCCAUCGUCAUGCCUCCCAAGGACUUGCUGGAGCUGCUCAUCAACAUCAAGGCUGGUACCUACCUUCCCCAGUCCUACCUGGUCCACGAGCAGAUGAUGGUGACUGAGCGUCUGGAGAACGUUGACCAGCUGGGAUACUUCAUCUACAGCCUCUGCAAGGGCAGAGACACCUA